AUGCGAGAACACUGGUCGACGGAUCCAUUCGCGCUCGAAAUUCUUAAGGCGUGCUCGAAUCUCUCAUUUUCGGAAGCUUGGUCUUGGAAUUGUCUUUCCCAUAGUAAGGGGAAAAUAAGAAAUCUUAAACAAGACCGAUGAAUUUUGAGAUGAAGAAUGAACUCUAUCUCUAAGAUGCGGGAGGAUCGCAUCUACGCGCGCGGAACACAAGAUAUGAAAUGCGUGUGCAUCCAGUAUAUUCUGGCCUUGGAGAGAGUAUUACUAAGGACACCAAGUAUAAUAUCAACAACUAUCACCACUUCUUACAUCGCGCCGAGUGCGAAGGUUCUCAUACUAUGGACAUUCAUGACCAUGACGAUGUGAAUGACUGCUUACAACUUACUUAGCGAACAUUCUUGAGCUUGGACGACAAUUUUGACGACAUCCAUAACUACGUAAGUAAUUCUUGGCACGCUAGUGCAAUCUAUGGACUUCUAAUGUUCUCGAAGACUCCGUCGUUUCGGCGUCCAGUGUGGCUCUCGUUUGUGCCUGACGAGGAGAUUGGAGGAAAGGAUGGCAUGUGCGCCAUGCUUAACAGCGCCUUCUGGAGGGACCGACUUGAGGGUCGCGUCGCUUUGGCGCUGGACGAAGGGUUGGCGAACGAGAGUGAAAAAAAUUUCACCGUUUUCUUUGGUGAGCGCAACCCCUGAUGGAUCAUGGUCAGGGCCGAAGAACCCACAGGGCACGGGUCGCGCUUCAUUCAGGACGCGGCAGUGUCAAAGAUCAUCAAAGUUGCAAAUAAGGCAUUUGAGUUUUAUUGUACCACAAAAACACGACGACCGUUAUUUUUUAAGGCUUGUCUAUGAUGUUGAUAGUUCACCUUUUUUCACCACUUUCUUUUUCAGAUUCCGAGAAAGGGAAAACCUGAAAAGAUGAACAGAGGAAAUGGACUAGGCGUUGUAAGCUCUAAGCCUCGAAUCCUAACGUAGCAGAGCAACCCGCAUGCGGCUGCAAGCACUCAUUAGCGAAGAAAUUGGGAGACGUCACGACCCUGAAUCUAACGGCAUUACAAGUAAGGCUUACGAUGAUCCAGAUUCACCUACACAGGUGUUUUUAGUUUCCUCCAGUUCACUUGCUUGAGCCUACAAAUGAAAGUAGUUCUAUACGCCAUCAUUCAAGAACAACCGCAAACGAAAUUGUCCAGGCAGAAUCUGGGGUCGUGCCGAAAACUGUGAGAAUGAAAGUCAGCGAAAACAAGAUCAACCACCACGAAGAUCCGGUCGGACUCAUUUCAAGUUCAAUCAACAUGCGUGCUAAUAUAAAUUCUCACUCUCCAUCAAUUUUAAUGAGUAGAUCCACCAAAAAAUCGUACAAGUCUCAUCUUCGAGUUUUCCGAUAAAAUAGUUGACAAAUGAAAAGACAUGUAUAUCAAUUUAAGUAGAAGAUCGCAGCUUUUAGGUGUCAAUUCCAGGCCAGAGAAUGUUCCAUCCGGACCAAACCCGGAUUGCUAACUUGCGCGGCUUCUUCAAUUCUAAACUGGCUUCAACCUGCCAAUAGCUGCUCUGUCUUCCCAAGCUUUCACUGAUGCUUCUGCGUUUGUCCGACAUGAUCUUCUAAGUCUAUUGGAUCCCCAGGAGACCGGC